UCUGGCAACUUGUUUGGAUGACCAUUGUAGAAAAGAUGGCGGCGAAGUGGUUUCGCGUGUUAUCGUCGAAAUCAUUCAACUUUUUAAACGUUAACGUUAGAAAGUCAGCACACAGUUCGGAUAUAAUCUUAUUAGCAAAGAGAAACUAUUUAACAGGAAAAGUGUGCAUUCUGAACAAUAUUUAUACUCCAUGUGUGAUAAGUUCUCGAGGGAGAAAGUUUUUAAAUUGGCCAACUCCAGAAUUUUUACCUUUUACAUGGGAAAGAGUAAGGAAAGUCAAUCCUAUUGAUGUGGCUGGUGAUUUAGAUCUGACUUUACCAUCACUUGAUCCUUCAAAUCCUAAACCUGGUUUUCAGCUGUCAGAACAACUUAAAAUUGCAAAUGAAGAUGUUAAGAAAAUUUUUACUUUGGCUACUGCAUCUCAGAAGGAAAUUAACCAAUUAAUUAUGGAAGAAUUUUUAAGUAGAUGUCAAAGAUAUGCAACAGAUGUUACUUCUCCAGAAGCAAAGAUUGCUUUAUUAACAGUACGAGUAAGAAUAUUGGCAAGAACCUUUAAAGAGCAUCCCAGAAAUAAAAAAGCUAAAGUCAGUCUGUUUCAUUGCAUUGACAAACGUAACAUGCUGCUGAGACUAUUGAGGCAGUGGGACUAUAGACGUUUCGAAUGGUUACUUCACGAGUUAAAGAUUACUUACAGAGAACCUAAAGAUGGAAAGCAAGAGAAAAUAUCUAGAAAAGGCGAGCUUCGGAGACUAACUCGCGAACAUUGCGAGAAAGUAAAAAAUGAGAAAUUGCAAAAAUAUCACGAGAAAUUAAAAGAACAACAAGAAGCAUUCUUAAAAGAAAAAGAAGAUACAUUGAAGUGGAUUGCAGAAGAAGAGAAAAGUCUUGGUUUAAUUGAAACUAAAAGUUAGAUUAUUAAAACGUAUUAAUAAAAAAUGUAUAUAGCAAUAUGUUAUUAAAAUAUCUUUAUUGUUGCUGUCAUU